AUGAACAACAAAAGGCGUUAUUGCAAAUGUUCUUCCAAAAAGAAAAAUAGUCGCAAGAAAAUUCAGUUUACGGAUUGCAAAAAUGUCAAAGAAAUUAUUGAAGCUCUUCUUUGUCAGGAAGAUGGGCCAACAGACGUCUGCAAAAGUAAGUCACACCGGCGUGCACAUUUCAAAACGAAAUCUUUUAAGCCCCGUCAUUAUAAAGACACUUGUGUUCCAAUGACUCCUUCUAUGCAUACAAGGUUACGGUAUAUUGGGCAUUGCCCACUAGAGCCAGCGAAACCAUUGGAUUGGAAAACUAGGCAAGCGUUCACUGAUUAUGAGUUCGUAUCAUCAUCCGAAGACGAUGACGAAAGUGGUGGAAUUUUGAGGUUAAGAAAGAAAAGUAAAUACAAAAAAAAAGUCCGCUAUUACGAUCUUUUACCGGGGGAUAUAUAUUUGCCAACGCCGCCGCCCGUUAUAAAGCACACGUCGUCAGAUCAAUCCAUAUUAAAUGUAGCUAGUCCUAAAAUAAGCGGAGAGGUGAUAUCAGCCCAAAGAGCAUCCGUGCAUGCUGCAGACUUGAAACCGCCCCUGCCACCAGAGUCGGGCUAUAAAUUGAUAAAACCGCAUAGUGGAAUCAUUAUCAACGCAGAUAAAGAUUACAUCUUGGACAUUCCAGAAAUGCCGGGAUACAAAUUGCCGGGCGGUAAACCCUUAAAAAAGAAAACACGACGUAAAUCAAGGAUAUGUAAGAAAACGUGUACCCAGAAAAAAAGCCGAAAAUGCGCUGAAAUACGGAGAAGACAAAGACAGUCGAGGAACAGGUCCCACUUAGAUGUUCCCUACACUAUUAUCGGAGUUACUGAUGGAAAACCUAGGGCUAGGGGCACGCAGAAACAUUUAAAAGACGACGAUUCUGUUUGUGGCUUAGAUGAAAUACCAAAACCAGAACACGUUCAUAUUCCUAAAAAUCUUAAAAGAGGGACUCUACGGACACACUCUUUAACAGUAUUACCAUGUACAAAAAGGAGAAGACCUGACAUUCACUAUGGUAUUUUGACGGGAUCCUUCAAUAUGUACGACAACAAAUUUGGGAAUAGAUCGAGAGGCAGACAGGCAUUAACUAUGAGCGUAAUGGCAUACUGUCUUGCGUUUCAUUAUCACCCUAAGCAGUGGACAAUUAAGCUCGUAGACAAUCUUUUAGAAGCUGGAGAUCAAUGGUAUGUUAUUUAA